CCUGCAGAACUACCUGCAUGAAAGUGUCUUCCGGCUGCUACAUGUACCGUAUGAGCAGCUUACGAGCUAUGUAUGAAAUUUUUUUCGCUGUUACGAUUUGGCUUUUUCAUGUGGAGGUUUUAGUUGUGUGAAAUGGCAGAGACAAAGCAAGCAUACGGUGGACAUGUUCAGCAGAAGGUUUAUCAAGCUGUCCAGGCAGAUUUGGCCCCUCCUCUGAAGUCAUCUAGAGUUUCUUUCAACAUACCACGAUUAUGUAGACUAUGUGUGCAAUGCUGAUUAGUGCUUUCUUGGUCUUCCAAAGCAAAAUCUUUCUAGGGCAUACCUUCUCAAAAUAACGUUCCCGUUGUUCAUCAAUGUCUUCUGUCAAGGUGUUUGCUGACUUCCCGCCAUCAACUGAUAUCAUGGAAGGACUACCAUUAUGGUUGCUACGUUUCUUGACAUCCCCUCUAAAUGGUGAAAUACCAGCUCUUCCCUUGCUUUGCCUUUGACAAGGUUACUCGUACGCUUCUCAGUUUGUGAAGGUCCGAACCCAGGAGAUCUAUAAAAGCAAGCAAGGAGGUUUUGUACUUCAUGGUAUCUUAUGCACAAUAUCUUCCACCACAGAAUGAUGGUUCUGUCUACACCAAGGACAAGGAAGGAGCAUGAAAGCCUGCUGUCGGAUCUGAACUGAAUCAAUCUUCUAUAAGUUAGAUAAGUGUCUUCUCCAUUGUCUUACCAAAGAAUGGAGGCACUGAUGCAAGUGUAGUAGGCAAGAUUAAGAGUCGAUGGACAAAGAUGGGCACUUGAGCCCUUAUCAACUAUGACGGGAUCAUGGACAAAAGCAACGGGUUCUUGCUAGCAAGGAGUUGCUACCGUAUGGGCUUUUUUAUGAGAAGAAAAAUGUCAGAGGCUCGCCGGAACCUUUCCUCACUUAAAGCGCUCUGCUGGCUUAAAAGCGAAGCCUUGAUUAUUGUUGCCAUCAGAUUUCUUCGCCGCCAUUUUGAAUGAUUUGACCUGCUUCCGCUAACUUGAAAGCCAAAGGAAGCAAUAGCAAGAUGACAUGGUCACCCUCACGGAACAGUGCCUUUCGUCGGGUUUCGGAAUCACCAGCCGAUGCAUCUAGUGCUGAUGUUGGGGUUGAAUUCCUUGGAAGCCAAGAGAACGGAAUGGUUCUGGUUCACCCAACCACCAAUGAUUCUCACCUUCUAGUGCUUUGUCACGAGUUGAAUCGUCUCAUGCAGCUACCAGCUGUCACCAAUGACUUCGGCAAGUGGAUUGGCGAUCCAGAAAAGGAUUAUUCGGCCCGCAAUAUCCAAGGUGGGCGGAUUGAGAUUUUCUUGGAAAAUGCUGUCGGCAAAGGAUCAAACGCAUUUGAUGCCAUCAUUGGUGAGCGACUUCCAGGCGGCGCCAAAGACAAAAUAUUGAACUAUGCUCGAAGUCAAGCCCAACGAGAUCCACGGUUGGGCGACAUGGAGUACGGAAACUUUUCACUGAUCUGCACAUAUGGCCCGGUCGAUGCACAAGCUCCUCACUUGGACAGCCUCAAGCCCAACUUUCAGUUUGGAUUGAUCCUAUCUGACAAUGCUCCUGGAACGCUCUUUUAUGAAUCCGCAGUGGAUGUCAGUGAUGUGAAUGCUCUUGUCGAACACUGGAAAAAUGUGGAUACAAUACUAGGCUCACCCUACAAGCGCGCAACAGCGAUGCCUCCAGCAUUAGUCCAGGCCAUGGAACGAGACGCUAGCGUGCUCCUUCUGUUGUCGCACUUUGGACGGGUCUUGUUGCCAGAACGUAGCGUCUAUGAUCGUAUGCGACACAAAGAAAAGUUGGCCACAGGCAGUCUCCUUUCAUUGCCGGGGAGCGUCGUACAUGCAGGACCCGCCUCUACAGACUUUCGUGCCGUCAUCUUCUUUUCUGGCUGGCCCAACGGGAGCGAGGUAGCCCCAUACGAUCCCGAUGUCCAGUAUACAAGCGUCUUGCUCAUGGCACAUUUUGUGAGUCUUCUGUGGCAAGCUGAGGGGGUUGGCUAUCCGGAACGACUAUACCUGCUGCAACGAUUGGCGCAAUACACCGAAACGUCCAUGGUGAAGGAAGUCUACCGGCAUUUCGGCCCUGGCCCGCUAGCCAAUUUCAUCGGCAAUAUUGAAGAGCAAACUUACAAAAAGUAUGCCUCGAGAGAGGAUUACAUUGAGCAAAUUGCGCGGACGAAAGACAUGGGUGCUGGUCUUGGUGGAGGUCCUACCGAAGAACAGCCAUUUGCUGAGGGAGACUACAAGAAACGCUCCAUUGCGGGCAUGUUGACUCUUUGGGAGGGCGAAGAAUUUCUUGUGGAGGUACUUCAACGCAAGGCUGAUGGACAGAUCAUUCUUCGUUAUCCCAACAACGAAGAUGGCAAACCGGACGAAUUGGAGGGAAACUUGCCAGAAGACAAUUUCCAGCUCGUCAUGAAGAAGCGCAGUCAGCAAAAUCUGUUUGAUGGUACCAAUGGCACACUCUACGACAAUGACGGGAACAAAAUUCAUGUGUACAUGGGGCGAAAAUCAUGAAUGAAUAGAUGAACACAAUAAGGUAUAAUAGGAAGCAACCAAUACAUGCU